CGGCGGCGGCGGCGGCAGUGCGCGGCGCGGGUCGCUCGGGCCCGCCACGUGCCGCCGCCGAAAUAGAAUUUACGAGCGUCUAGUGUCGACCGAUCACACGCCAGUCGCGCGCCUCCCUCCGCCGCCCGAGGGCGCACCCUGCUUCUCACUCUCCUCGCAUACUCGCAUCUGAUUCAUCACAAUACUCGGGAAAGUGUCGCUCUUCGUUCCGGUGGACAUUCGGGGCGCCAUCGCGCCAGCGUCGCUAUGUAAACAAAUCACUGCAACACACCACUAAUAAACCGGCACUAUUUUGUGGAAGCUUUUAUACCGACCUGAAGACAGUGAUGUGCAGAAUUGCAGUUUCUUUGAAUUUUUAACACCUAAUAAUAAUAUGUAGAUAGUAUUAUAGCUGAUAGCGGAUACGUCAAGAUGGAAGGCGCCAAAAGCUGAGCCUUCGUCGUUUGUAAAAGCGGAGAAGCGGAGAGCGCGGUCUGUGCGAGCGCAGGCUCGGCGGCCACAGGCUGGAGGCGCUGCGCCGACAGUCGCGGCAGAUAGCCGCGCGCCGCGUCCGUCGCGUGCAGUUCACGGAGCGGACGCGGGAUGGCGCACACGGCGCCGACGGAGCCGAAAGCGGCGCCUCCGAGAUGUCCGGCGGCAGUGGCGGCGGCGGCUCCAGUGCUGACGGGCGGCGUCCCUCCACCUGCCGCGUGGACAUGGGCGCGCUGCUGGCGUCCGAGCCGCGCCCGCUCGACAGCAAGGUUAAGCGGCACAGCAUCCACGGGAUGACGGAAGAAGAAAAUGUGGUUCGACCACAUCAGGAGAUGGCCGUGCUGUCUUUGGAGGAGAAGAAGUACCUGCUGGGCGUGGAGCGAGGAGACGUGGCGGGGACGCGGCGCGUGCUGCAGCGGGCCCGCGACACCGGACACAUCAACGUCGACUGUGUGGACCCGCUCGGACGCAGCGCGCUGCUCAUGGCCAUUGACAACGAGAACCUCGAGAUGGUGGAGCUGCUCCUCGAGUUCGGCGUGGAGACCCGCGACGCACUGCUGCACGCCAUCUCCGAGGAGUUCGUCGAGGCCGUGGAGGCCCUGCUCGACCACGAGGAGCGGACCAGGAAGCCCGGCGAACCGAACAGUUGGGAGGCGCUUCCGCCGGAGACGGCCACGUUUACGUCUGACAUCACGCCGCUGAUCCUGGCGGCGCACCGGGACAGCUACGAGAUCAUCAAGCUGCUGCUGGACCGCGGCGCGCAGCUGCCCGAGCCGCACGACGUGCGCUGCGGCUGCGACGACUGCGUGCGCUCCCGCCGCGAGGACUCGCUGCGACACUCCCGCUCCAGGAUCAACGCGUACCGCGCGCUCGCCUCCCCUUCGCUCAUCGCCCUAUCCUCCAAGGACCCCAUUUUAACCGCUUUCGAGCUGUCGUGGGAGCUGCGCCGGUUGUCCGCAUUGGAACAUGAGUUCAAAACGGAAUACCAGGAGCUCCGCGUUCAGUGUCAGGAGUUCGCGACUGCACUGUUGGAUCACACGCGGACGUCUAAUGAACUUCAGAUCCUGCUGAAUCACGAGAAGGGUGCUUCACCUCAGGCACCGCUCACUGAACCAGGCGCUCCCGAGCGGAUGCGCUUGUCGCGGCUCAAGCUUGCCAUCAAGUUGCGACAAAAGAAGUUCGUGGCGCACCCGAACGUGCAGCAGCUGCUGGCGUCGAUCUGGUACGAGAGCGUGCCCGGGUUCCGCCGCAAGAACAUGCUGCUGCAGGCGGCGGAGAUGGUGCGGAUCGGCGCCAUGUUCCCGCUCUACUCGCUCGCCUACAUCGCGGCGCCGCACUCCGCCGUCGGACGCACGCUCAGGAAGCCCUUCAUCAAAUUCCUCUGCCACUCCGCCAGUUACUUUAUGUUUCUAUUUCUGUUGAUCCUGGCGUCGCAGCGCAUCGAGACGGCGCCGGGCGGGCUGCUGUGGGACGUCUCCCACGACGAGCCGCUCUCCCGGCGCGGCUCCAUGCCCUCCAUAGUCGAGUGGCUCAUACUCGCCUGGGUCAGCGGCUUAAUCUGGAGCGAAGUGAAGCAGCUGUGGGACAUGGGGCUGAGAGAGUACGUACAUGACAUGUGGAACGUCAUCGACUUCGUCACCAACUCGCUGUACGUGGCCACCGUGGCGCUCAGGAUCGUCUCGCACUACCAGGUUCGUCGCGAGAUGGCGAUGGGCCUGCAGUGGAACCAACCUCGCGAGAAGUGGGACGCUUGGGACCCGAUGCUGCUCUCCGAGGGGCUGUUCUCGGCCGCCAACAUCUUCAGCAGUCUCAAGUUGGUGUACAUCUUCAGCGUGAACCCUCACCUCGGUCCGUUGCAGGUGUCGCUGAGUCGGAUGGUGUUGGACAUCCUCAAGUUUUUUGUCUUGGACAUACUCGUCAUAUUUGCGUUCUCAUGCGGGCUAAACCAGUUGUUGUGGUACUACGCGGACAUGGAGAAGAAGCGCUGCACGGUGGGCACCGCGCUCACGCCCAACGGCACCCUGCCCGACCCGGACGCCUGUGUCGUCUGGAGACGGUUUGCUAAUUUGUUCGAGACAAUGCAGACGCUGUUCUGGGCUGCGUUCGGGCUGGUGGACUUGGAUUCGUUCGAGCUCGACGGGAUCAAGAUCUUCACGCGGUUCUGGGGGAUGCUCAUGUUCGGCACGUACGCCGUCAUCAACGUCAUCGUGCUGCUCAACUUGCUCAUCGCCAUGAUGAACCACUCCUAUCAGCUGAUAUCCGAGCGUGCAGAUGUGGAAUGGAAGUUCGCCCGCAGCAAGCUGUGGAUCAGCUACUUUGAGGAGGGUGGAACUGCGCCCCCGCCCUUCAACGUGCUGCCCUCGCCCAAGUCCCUGCUGUACGCCUGGCGGUGGCUGCAGCGCCGGCUCUGUGGGCACGCCCGCGCCAAGCGAGAACAUAUGCGGACUAUUAGGAGAAAGGUGAAGCAAGCCAAUGAGAGAGACUUUCGAUAUCAGGCUAUAAUGCGGAACCUGGUGCGUCGCUACGUGACGGUCCAGCAGCGGCGCGCGGAGAGCGGCGGCGUCACCGAGGACGACGUCAACGAGAUCAAGCAGGACGUCUCCGCCUUCCGCUGCGAGCUCGUCGAGAUCCUGCGCAACUCCGGGAUGAACACCUCCACAGCCAACGCGGGAGCUCCCGAAGUAAUGAUGUUACGCGCAGGCGGCGGAGGCGGCAAAAAGAAUCGUCAGAAGGAGCGACGCCUCAUGAAGGGAUUCAACAUAGCUCCGGGCGGGUCCCUGGCCCCCGUGGACGAGUUCAUGUCGCCCGUGUCCUGGCUGCAGCACGACCACGGCGUGCCGCACUACUCGCUGUCCACGCUGCUCGGGCCGCGCCUGCGAGCCUCCCAGUCCAGCCUCAGCGACGGACCCGGCGCCGGGAUGAGUGCGUCGCGUCGCAAGCCGCAGCACAAGCGUCGCUGGGGCACAAUCAUCGACGCCGCUCGGGCGGCCCGUGUGUCUCGACUCAUCGGCCGGUCGCGCUCUGAGGACUCUGUCUGCGAUCACGCGCGGCAGUCGCCAAGCGGUAGCGAGCCUUCGGAGUCGGGCAGCGACUCGCAGCGCAGUCCGGAGCGGACGGGAUCUCGGAGUGGACCCUUGCAUCCGUUGACGGCACUGGCGGCCCUCAAGCGGAAGCGAAAGAAAUUCUCGGAUUCCCGGCGGCCCGAAGCCACGGUCCGGCCCGUUCCGGCGCCUGAGAGUCUGCAGCGCGCCAGUUCGGUGCCGGCUCGCGUGCCCCCCGCCGCCCCGCCCCGCGCCCCUCCGCCGCCCGCCGUGUCGCCCUCCACCACCGCCGAGAGCGUGGCCGCGCGCGGAGGCAGCCGGGAGCCGCUGCUGGCCAGCCUCGACGACGAAGCGCACAAGGUAAUGUCGGUUUCGAAUGUGGGGCCUUUCGAUUCGGCGCCGCGCGAGGACGGCCGGGUCAAUGAAAGGGAACGUCGUCACUCAUUGCAGCGGGACGGCUGCGGCCAGUGCGGGUACGAGUCGGGGCCGCAGGGCGGCGGGGAGGCGGGGGGCGGGGCGGGCGAGGCGGAGGGCGCGUGCGGGCGGUGCGCGGCGCUGGCGCGGCUGGCGGGCGUGACGCCGCUGGCGGGCCACGCGCCGCACCACUCCGCGGGCUGGCUCUAGCGGUCGCUUGUGGCGGAACCUUCGAGCCACCCGUUUGCGCGUUGGUCAAUGUCACUACGCCACUUUGCAUUUUAUGUGCGCGACGAGGUUACUGAAAUUUCGAAAACCUUAAAAUAAAUUGUAUAACUAACAAUAUACCUAUGUCGAAUGGAACGAUAAUUUUAAGUCGUACUGCGAAACUUGCACCAGCAAGAUGAAGUCAGUCUAGCUAAACAAACUGUAAAAUAAUCGCAAAAUAUAAAUAUUUGAGUAACCUCGGCACCGGCGGCACUUAGUAACGAAUAUUCCUGUAAAGCUCCACGAGCAGUUAGCCUGCACUCGCUAUAGCCUGUGUAGCUAAUUAUGACACAUGAUAUAAUAAAAUUAUACUAUUGUAGUUAAACUUAUACACAAAAAUAUAUUUAUCUACGUUAGGUAGUUCUUCCUGUGAAGUUUUAACGAAGACAUAUUUUAUUGAACACCAAUUAGUUAAGUAGAUACAAAUUGAAUUUUGAAUGUAGGUAGAUAUUAUAUACGUGUUAUUCAUAAGGGCUAUAAACUAUUACGUUUCAUGAAAAUAAAUAAUGUAUCGACGUGAGAGCGAGGUGUUGCCUCGAAAAUGAAGUAGGUACCUAUAGAAAGCGUGGCAGCGCCGCGCCGCGCACUUUUGGACAAAUUUACUGUAACACCGAAUUAAACGCACUCCCGUACACACAAUGUUCCUUCACACGUUAAUCGAGCCCUAAAUGAAAUGUAGAACUAUUACUUAUUCGAAUACAUACUUCGUUUUCAAGGUAACAUCACGCUAAGUUUACGUUUAAGGGAUAAGAUAGAAAUGUAACUUGAUAAUGUGUUCCAUGAAAGUUUUCCAAUAAGUUACUAUGUCUGCGCGCACAUUUAUAGACUUAAGAGCUGAACACAGGGAUUUUGAUGAUGCGCUCUCCGUACAAUGCGCAUUACCACGAUUGUAACAAUCCCAUUAUAAGAUACUUAGAAUAGAGGACAGGAGCGGGCUCUGUGAUACUUUAGCUCCCGAUGUCAUUGACACCAAUAUUGCGUCCAUCAACGUCAUCUGAUAUAAUGUUCCUCUGUCACCGAACCGAUCAGGGUAAGUUCAUCAAGAUUAUAUGCUACAUAUUUAAGUAUAGACGGGUGACAACCAUAUACAACGAAAUGCAUUUGUUCCUGCACUGAACUACUCCAGUACCCACGAGCUUGUCGCCUCCUACACAAGUCCGCACGGCGUAGCCACGUGUAGAUGCAAUGCUUUAACACUUCACACAAUAAGUAUACUUAAGCCGCAGGGAAUACAAUUUUGGACAUAUUUUCUUACUAUAAUUAUUUAAUAUAGUGAAUUAUUUAGGAAAUUAUGCUAGUGUUCAAAGGCGGAGUCGUGGGUUUUGUAGAGGGCGUUAUGAUGUAAUGAUUAUGUUAUGAUUGAUCAAAGUCGGGUUUUGGUCAGGUCUUUAUAGAGUAAAAUUCCUUCACACAGAGUAGGUACGGAAGGUUGAUUUUCGAAAUCUGAACCGCUGUUGGAACCGGUUCUUGCCAAGCAAACAUUAGGACCUGUCAGGAGCUUACAGGAGCUGGUAGCAGUUAGAUUGUUCUGUUUCUGCGACUGUCAAUUGUUUAAUGUUUAUUGAUGUAAUAUUUUGUAUCAUUACGCCCUCCGUGAACUUAGACUCUGUAUUUGAACCUUGUCGGAACGAACGCAAUUGUACUUGACAGUAACUUAUUUGCUGUAGUAAAAAACCUCGAAGAUAAGUUUGAGGUUAAAAGGUAUUGCUGUAUUGCUUUAAUGUGAAACAUAAAAAUAACACAAAUGGUGAUUUUAAGUCACUUCUCAGACGAUUGAAUACCUACUUAAACUAAUUAAAAUUUUGAAUUGUAACUCCAUAUUAAAUUUAAUGGAUAACAUUAGCUGCAUGUUUUGUUAGGAAGUGUAAAGUACCUACGUUUCCACAAGACGGAGUUAAUUAGUAGAUAGGGUGGCGGGGCGACGGCUCGCUACACAUAUCGUUCUGUAUGUAACACACAUGUUUGUCGUUGUUUGUCUUCAGUCGAACAGCUUCCCGAGUGCACUAUGCUAUAUACCUAUCUGUACGCGGUAACAUGUGUUCGGCAUACGGAUCUCUAUAUUAUUAUCUGUAAUAGUUAUGAUUAGGUAGUGAAAAUCAAAUUCAUCUUUUAAUAACUAAUUUUUCGAGCGUUAUGUUCAUUUAAGAACUUCAAAGAGAUUUGAUAUUAUUGUUGGCAUUUGUAAUAGUGUUCAUAUUAGUGCAUGUGACGUAUAUCUAUCCUGUGACGUCAUCGAUGACAUCACAAAAGAUGAACUCACAUGUCGCCAUCUGCAAUCUCUAUCGUAUUAUUUAAAACUUUUUCAUAAAUGCCGAAAACUACGAAAAGUUCCCGCAGUCGGGUUUACGACGCUUGAUGCAUGUAGUAUAAAAAACACCAGGAAUAUACAUUUCACACAUUAGAUAAGAUUAUAAUUGCUUUAAGAAAUUAUACGAAUGCAUAUAUUUGAAGUUGCACCGGAUCCGUCCUCGCAAAGGUCACUCAGUCCUGCUGCCGACCACGUCGCUCCGAUGGCGGCGCGUUGGUGGUUACUGUCGUGGGGGAGGGGCAUAGCCUGUCCUAAUUUUAUCAGUUGAUCCCCAAUACAGCUGGAACAUAUAUCCUUGAUCGGAAAAAAACCGCCGGCUGUGCUACUACUGUUUACCACUACUGCAGUGUAAAGUACCUAUUGUUUCAAUUUUAAGCUCUAUGGCUAAGACUGUCGGUGCAUUUGGCGAAGCUGUUCGUCCUUGUAAUAGUUGAAUAAUGAAUAGUUGUGCCCGGCGCUGGUCCGGGAGACACGAGGCCUUCAUUGUUUAGUUGUACGUCGCGACGGGCUCCGACCCGCUCACGAUUAUAUUUUGUAAAGAGUUGUUAUUUAUUUAUACAUUGUAUUUGUAUAUAACGGUGCGAAGUUUAAUAAAUUAAGCACUACUUA